AUGUCAGCCUCAAUCACAACCACGCUCGCUUCGCUCACGACAACGACAACGGCGGUCGCAUCGUCGAGCGGGCCCGUUCAAUUAAACGGCACCAAUUUCAUCGUCGGCGCCAACGCCACCUCGACCAAUGCAACGGUCCUCGUCCUCCCCCAGCUCACGACGCAGUUUGUGCCGCCAUCGCAAUGCACCCCAGUACAGAAUUGGACGCCGGCCACAGUCGCCGUCACUCUCGGAGACAGCCAGGGAAACACAACCUAUUCGCAGAUCUUGCUGCCCGUCACCAAUGCCCAGUUCUCUGCCUGCCAGCCGUCUGGGUGGAAUCAUAUCAACAGCAGCUACCUAUUCAGCUUCAGUAAAGCCGUUUGCCCCAGUGGCUACAACUACAAUCAGCUGUCCGACUUGUUCAAUAAUCAGCCCAAUACAGAGACCAUUCGCACCACGGCGUACUGCUGUCCGAGCGGCUUCUCAUACUCGAUGUUCUACAAUAUCGAUAUAACAGGCGUAUCUGGAGCCAACUGCUUGAAGACGACGACCUUGACACCGGCGGCGCAAACCACGGCCACUAGGACAUCCACCCGGUCUGCCUCGGAGACAACCACCGGCUCAAUCGCUCUUGCAGCAAGAAACGCCACGACUCCGUCGACAUCCACACCAGGACCCUCGGUGGUGACCAUGUUCUACCAACCCUGGUUCAUCGAAUGGGAACAAAAAGAUGCCUCUGAACUAUCGCCAUCACCGCCAACCGUAUCCGUACAGUAUCCGGUCAAGACCUGGGAGCCAGGCACGGAAAUUGACCCUAGCUUAACACGAAAAACGAUAAAUCCCAACGCUUUGGAUAAAGGCCUGGGCCAAAUCAUUGGCAUUGUGGUUGGCUGCGUCGCUGCCGCGUUCGCCGCCAUUUCCGCGAUAGCGCUCUGGUUUUAUAUACGCUCACGGCGGAGAGAGCGCCAGACUUUCGAACAAGAGGAGCAUCAGCUUCAGGAGCAGCGACUGCAGCGCAUCGGCGAGUACCAGCGAUCGCGGUCGCCCACCGAUGACGAGCCGCUGCCCGUCUAUGUCAAGUCACGGGAGCAGGACAAGGCAAUUGUCGCCGGUAUGGCGGUGGUACCACCAUACAAGGAGCGGCCCAGCUCGGAGAGCUCACGGCAUAGUCAACAGCAAGAUUCUCAGAAUACACACACGCAGGAUGGCAGCGACGGGGUACAUGAAGACACCGACCGGCUGACAAGGCACGAUCAACACACGCUUGAAAAUGCAGCACAGCAAAACGGCACGCAAUCAAAUACGAAUCCGAAACCGGCGGCAUGA